GCCGGAGCUGCCAGCGGGGUGGCUGCAGCCGCGGGUUGUUACAGCUGCUGGAGCAGCAGCGGCCCCCGCUCCCGGGCACCUCUCCCGGGCCCUCGACCUCCGGCCCCGAACGAACCACGGAGAGGGGCAGCAGGAUGAAUGUGGGCACAGCACACAGCGAGGUGAACCCCAACACGCGGGUGAUGAACAGCCGUGGCAUCUGGCUGUCCUAUGUGCUGGCCAUCGGGCUCCUCCAUGUCGUGCUGCUCAGCAUCCCCUUCGUGAGUGUCCCUGUCGUCUGGACCCUCACCAACCUCAUCCACAACAUGGGCAUGUACAUCUUCUUGCACACGGUGAAGGGGACACCCUUUGAGACCCCGGACCAGGGCAAGGCGAGGCUGCUAACCCACUGGGAGCAGAUGGACUAUGGAGUCCAGUUUACAGCCUCUCGGAAGUUCUUGACCAUCACACCCAUUGUGCUGUACUUCCUCACCAGCUUCUACACCAAGUACGACCAGAUCCAUUUCAUCCUCAACACGGUGUCCUUGAUGAGCGUGCUCAUCCCCAAGCUGCCCCAGCUCCACGGUGUCCGGAUUUUUGGCAUCAAUAAGUACUGAGGGUGCAGCCCUUCCCUGCCCAGGAGGUGGGGAGGGGUGGAAGGCCUGUGCUAUGACACUGAAGACAGAAGGAGCCUCUGGACACUGCCAGAGAAGGGGGUUGUGCCUCUGGGCCUAGCUUCCCCCCACGUCCCCCAGUAGUCAACUUGGAAUAGUUUGUAGUGGGGUUGGGGUGGGCCCCCGGGCUCUGACUCCUUCUGAGUAUUUUGAUCUUUUCCUUUUGCCUUUGAAUAGAGACUCCAUGGCGGUGGCCAUGGAAUGGGCUGGGCUCCUGGAUGUUGGGACAGGAGGUCAGGGGGGAUGCCCUUGCUCACUUGUUUACCCUCAGGCAGCCAAAGCACUUUAACCCCUGCAGGAGGGGACAGUACAACUUCUGGGUU